AGCAAGCCGGCGCGCUCCCGUACCUCUGGCGCCACGGGUAGCACGGGGGAGGGAGGAGGAAGAGCCGGUCACGUGACGGAGCGUCUGUCUCCACGUCUAGUCCUCCUCAGGUUUGAACUGAAAAAAAAAAAAAAAAAAAAAAAAAGUGCAGCCGGCGGUCGGGCCUGUCUGCGGGCGAGCAGGUUCUGUAAAGUUUUAUCCUGAUUUUCCUUGACUUUAAGAAAACAAACUGAGAUUGUUUAAUGGGAAGAAAAACAGUAUGGAGGAGUCCCAAAUAAGUGCUGAUAGUACUGAUGCUAAUGAGCUCCUCAAAGAGGACACCAAUUUCAACUCCAUUGAGGAUAAUGUAAUCUAUAAGCAAGUACAAGCCUGUGAAUCAUCUAUUCAAAAAAAUAGUUCAUUGACUGUGCCUGAAGAACUAUUAAGGGACAGGUCUAAGAAAGCCUUAAGUAAAAUCCAGGGUUCUCUUUUAAUACACGAAGGUGCUACUACUGUUUCUAGUGAAAAUCCUUUCUUGCCUAAAGAAAAUAUUAAUGGACCAGUUUCUUACUCCUCAAAUACAACUUCCAUCCUGAAUACAGACAGCAUUUCCAUAUCCACAGACCACCCUGUGGUUCUGCAAACAAAUUUGUGUUCAGCUUCAACGGUAGUUUAUGAUCUUCAUCAACCUACAAAGAACUCUGUACAGAUGUCAGGUCAGCAAGUUAUAUUCUUGAUACCUGAUGUAGCACAUGCCAAGAAUGAAGCCCAUUCCAACCUUAAACAUCCUACCUCCUCUUUAGUUGGUUGUGAAACAUCUAAUGGGAAUAAUACCAGAUUGGAUAGCACUUUAGUAGGGCCCAUAGAUGAGUUCAAUGAUAGAAAAAAGCUACCUGUGAAUGAGAUACAAAAUCAGAUGGAAAGUUGCUCUACCGCCGUUGAUUCUGUAGGAGCAAACAAUGCUAAUUUCAGUGCCGAGAGGGACUCCGUAAAUAAUGAAAAAACAGAAGAGUCAGAAAAACACUGCGUUGUAAGGGUACAAAAAAAGCGUAAACGAAAAAUGGAUGGUAGUAAAAUAACUAGAUGCUAUUCCGAAGAUGCUUAUAAUGAUGUGAAUAUUUCCAAGAAAUCAAAGCUAUUAAAUGUCGAUAUGAUGGAACAGAGUGAUGAAGAGCAGGUGGUAGCUCCGCACAAGUAUGCAUUAAUGAAGAUCAAGUCUGAAUCUUCUCUUGAUGACACGGAAGAACACCUUCCAAAAGAAGCUAUAGAGGCAUUCAAUCAUUAUAUUUAUAGCCCUGUUUGUGACUAUUCUGGAGAAACCUCACCUGUUCACGUUGACCCAUUCUUUUCCAGUGAUGUACAAAGUUGUGAGUCCCAGUCACCACCAACAUGCACUAGUGAUCAAGAGCCAUCGUUUUACCCCUGCACAAAGUGCAAUGUGAAUUUUAGGGAGAAGAAACACCUUCACAGGCACAUGAUGUAUCACCUGGAUGGGAAUAAUCACUUUCGACACCUUAAUGUUCCAAGGCCAUAUGCUUGUAAAGAGUGUGGGCGAACUUUUAGAGACCGGAAUUCACUCCUUAAGCAUAUGAUUAUUCACCAGGAACGACGGCAAAAACUGAUGACGGAGAUCCGUGAACUCAAAGAGCUUCAAGAUGAAGGUAGAAGUGCCCGUCUGCAGUGCCCACAAUGCGUGUUUGGAACCAACUGCCCAAAGACUUUUGUGCAGCAUGCCAAAACCCAUGAGAAAGACAAGCGAUAUUACUGCUGCGAAGAGUGCAACUUCAUGGCUGUUACGGAAAAUGAAUUGGAGUGUCAUAGAGGUAUUGCUCAUGGGGCCGUUGUAAAAUGUUCCGUUUUAACUUCUGAUUUACCCCAAAGGAAGUAUCAAAAAAAGACCUUAAAAAAUUCGUAUUUCCUUUCAUCUAAAAAGCCUACAACUUUUAUCUGUAAGAUGUGUUCAUUUACUGCACCAACCCGCUAUAUUUUAAAAAAGCACAUUGAAUAUGUACAUCCCUCAUCUACCUUAGACCAGUUUAAUGGUCCCCUUGUAAUUAAACAAGAACAUUUUUCAGAUAAUGAACUUGAACUUGAAUCUGAGAGUAAAGAGUUUGCAAAACAGCCCCCUUUUCCAAAGAAUUCUGUCCUAAAGCAAGACUUGAAGAGACCGUAUGGAUCCAUUGGUCAAAGUAACAGUUUUACAAAAUUGUAUAGAAAACACAAGAUACAAAAAGCUCGAAAAAGCGCUGCUCAGUCUGUCGGUGGUCCUUCAAUUUCCCCAAAUAAAGCUCUACUUUUCACUACCAAUGACCAAAAACAUAGGUACUUUAAAAUGAAACAAAAGCAUGCAAGAUUAAAUAAUGCCUACAUAUACAAUCAGAAGUGGGAUGGCUACAAAACCUUGAAAAAAUCGCACAUCUUCCCACUGAAUUUAAAAAAGGAAGAGGGUAAUUCUUCACUUCAGCUUUCCAGUUCACCAGAUCUUCAGGAAGAAUGCUUAAUUAUGGAUCCUCAUAACCGUCACCCAGGUAGGUUAGUUGGCUUUAAAGACAGGGUAGCAGUCAAAAGGGUACGACGAGCAGACCUGGAAAGACCAGUGACAGAAGAAGAUAUAGAUAGUUAUCCAGAUUUCCUUCAAAAGGUGACUUAUGUUGUACUCAAAAAACUUGACCCAUCUGAUGAUAAAAAGGAUGAUUAUGAUUCCUGGGACAAUAGUGAGCUUUGCAGUUACAACACAGAAUCGCCAGAUGAUGCAUACAACAGUCCACCAAAAAAAACAGUUUACCCAGUUUUUAAAGAUGCAACUAUAGACCAACAGCUCAAUGAAGACCAGGGCUUGCAUUACAAUAAUAAUGAUGGCUAUUACUUUGAGUACUAUGAAGAUGGUGAGGGAGAUGGUUACAUGCAUGAAAUGUCUGAUGUUGAUUUGGAAAAUGCAGAAUCUGCAUUGCCAGGCCACAGUUCUCUAUUCCACUGGAGUGAUCUAGCUCUUGAAAAGAAGUCUUGUCCAUACUGUCCUGCAACGUUUGAAACAGGUGUUGGGUUAUCAAAUCAUGUUCGCGGACAUUUGCACAGAGCUGGACUAACUUACGAAGCUCGCCACGUAGUGUCUCCAGAACAAAUUGCAUCAAGUGAUAAAAUGCAGCACUUCAGGAGGACAGGAACGCCAACAAAGCGUGUAAGGAAAGUAAUAGAGAAAUCGGAGAGCCCUUCUGAGCAUACAUGUGCUCUGUGUGGAGGCUGGUUUGAUACAAAAAUUGGAUUAUCAAACCAUGUUCGAGGUCACCUGAAAAGACUUGGGAAGAAUAAAUGGGAUGCACACAAAUCACCAAUCUGUGUUCUAAAUGAAAUGCUGCAAAAUGAAGAAAAGUAUGAACAACUCCUAAAGAUUCUUAACAACAGGCGCCCAUUUCAAAGACCUGCACACAGACCCUUCUCAGCACACAGGCCUUCCCGAAAUGGCUUUUCAAAGACCAGUGUUGCACCUACCGAACACUGCAAUGGCUUAAAAACUGACGCCGUAUCUGAGCAAAUGUUACAGGAAGGGCUGUGCCCAAGUGAAUGUGAUGGAAUAAGUCCACCUGGUGACAAAGAUCAUUCUGCUUCAUUGCCUGAAUUUCUUAAAGUAAAAAAAUCAGGUGAAGAUAAAAACUUAGACUCUUCUCAAAAGGUCAAUCAAACUGCAAGAAAGAGGUUGACGCAGAAAUGCCUUCAUCCAUUAAACGAAGAUUGUUCAUUGAUGUGCAACUCACAGAAAAACAUUGAUCUCGCCUUGCAUUCGGGUAUUUCGGCAAAGCAUAAGACUUGUUUGAACUGCAAUACAACCUUUACAAGUGCAGUUAGCCUGUCCAACCAUUUGCGUGCAUAUUCCCGAAAGAAGAGUGCUGGUCUUUUGACUGGAACAGUUUUUGACUGCAAGCAAAAGAAGUCAAGAUCACGGUCUGGAAGCAAGAAGAAAGUGCUACCUUUACCGCACAGUGCAGAGGAAGUUUAUGUUUUGAGAUGCAGGUUUUGUGGACUAGUCUUUCGUGGACCUUUGACUGUACAAGAAGAUUGGAUAAAACAUUUGCAACGUCACAUUGUCAAUGCAAACCUUCCACGGACUGGAGCUGGAAUGGUUGAAGUGGAACCGCUACUAAAGAAACUCCCUUCAAUCACUGAAACAAAUUCCCCUUUAUUAAUGGCUGAAGCUGCAACAUAAAAGCAAUUCUAAAAGACAAUGUAGUUACCAUGGAUGUAUAUUAGGACUUUUUUUUUUUUUCUACAAUUGUUUAUAGUACAAAGGACAAAGAGAUACUGAUGUGCCGCAAUCUUAAACUGAACUAUCACAGACCUAACAGUCUACACUUCUCUUCCUACAUAAUGUGCUAAACACCCAUGAAUUUUAAGCCUUUUUAAACAGUUUUAAACCAAGAAUCAAAUACUAAAUAUCCUUCAAUCAUGGAAAAGCAUCCACUUUAAAUUAUAAAAAAAAAAAAAAAAAAUCUAAUUGUGUUUAUACAAUAUAUUUUCUAAAUACCGUUCCUAAACUUUAUUGGUUUGUAUAGGGCAUUAGGUAUUACCAUUAUACUGCAGAGUUCCAAGACUGUUCAUUUGACUAGGGCAAUCAGUGCUAUUCUGUACAGAAGAUACCUGUGUUGAAUUUUUUUUAUUAUUAUUAUUAUUACACAAGGCUUUUGUACUAAAAAGUGGAGGGUGGAUUGUUUAACCUAUUUCUGAAAAAAAAAAGUGUAAAUAGUACUGGAAUUUAUUUGUUGUAAGAAAAUACACUCUAUUUCAGUUGCAUUUCUCACUAACUGGUGCAUCCAUGCUACCUCCUACUUUGUCAACAAAGAUGUAUUUACCCGUGACAUUUCUUUUAUGUAGGUUUUGAGCAAGCUUAUUUUGCUUGGCAAGAAAUUCACUUAUGUUUUUUGUUUUUCUUUUUAAUGAAUGUUCUUAGCCAUUUUGUCUACUUAGUAUUUUAUUAAACCCCAUUUCUGUACUAGUAGAUUUUUUUUUUUUUUCACCACACACUUUUUAAAGAUUUUCAGUUACGCUCCACACUUGAGCAUUUUAGAAAAACGUUUAAUAUUUCAACAUAUGAGAAUGUUUACAAUUGCAAUUUUAGAGCUCUUUUGGAUGUGAUUGUGUAUGACAAUUGUGUAACACUAUGCUCGUGCUAAGGGCCUACUUACAGAACUAUUGAAAUAAAUGUGUUGUGAGGAUGGAAUUUUGUCAUUCUAAUGCCUUGGUGGGUAAGAAGUCAUUCUUGGAUUUAAGCUUUCAUAAUUUUUCAGUUUUUGCAGUAAAAAUUGUACAUUAUACUUCA